AUGGACACUAGCGAUGACGCUCUCGGUUAUCAUAUUACGUUAUACCCGGGAAUCCAGGUUGAUUCAUGGAAGAUAGACCAUUUCCAGGAGUUUUUUUUGAAUGCGUUUGAAAUGGUCAAGCCUCCGUCCGAUGCAAAUAUACUGCUACAAAAAUUUCUUCGUUUUCAUUUUAAGGAUAGGUUAAGGAUAGGUCGAAUGGCUGAUCAAAUAUUCGUGAUGGCUGACCUUAAGACUGAUCUAGAAAUGGAUUCGUACUUUACUGAAAUUGAGAAUUUAAUGGAUGAGGCUUGUCAACAGCUUGGUACUAAGCCAGACUAUAGUGUUGAGGACACUAGACCGAAGCAUAUUACUAUUCUGAUUGGAAAAUUGAAGCACAAGCAGUUAUCUGAUGCGGAAUUUGAACGGGCUGCUGCGGCCAUUAAACAGAUCAAUUUUGCCGAUUUGGUAAAAGAUAUUGACAUUGACGUAGAUGAAAUAUUUAUAAGUCUCAAGAAAGGAGAGUAUACGACAGUUUCACUAUUUGGAUAA